GUUCAGGCCGCCAACCAGCUGCCAGGCAAGAAGUGGAAGUGCCAGGCUUGCGGUUGCUCCAAGAACGCCGCUCGGUUCUAUUAUUGCAAACACUGUGGAGCCUAUAAGCAAUAUCCAACUUCGGCAUGGUCAGGAGAUGCAGCGCGUCAGUUGUUCGGCUACGGGCAGCUCAACGGUGGCGCUACGUGGGGCAAGGGUCCAGGCGGUGGCGACGCUGGGCAGCAACAGAAAGGAGCUGGAGGCGGCAACCCCAAGGGAGGAUGCCAUCUACCCGUUCCUGCUGGUGUCGCUGCAGCAAAGUUCACCGCCGCGGAGUACGAGACCAUGGCAGGCUUCGCUGAACGUAUGGGAGACUCUGCAGGCGCAGCAGCCCAUCGUCGUGCAGCCAAGGCCCUCACCGCGCCGAAGCAGGAAGAAGAAGCUAUUCAGGUUCGGCUCAAUCGGGCCCACUGGAAGGUGCACGGUAUCAACAAACGGUUGGAGGCUGCAGUUGAGAAGUACGAACAGUACGAAGCUCAACUCAACGUGCAGAAGACUGUGGUGCUGGAGCUGCACACGGAGCUCACCAAUGCAGAAGGCGAGCACGCGACUCUCUUGCAGGACUUGGUCGAGUCUCAAGAGACGCCUAAGCAGCCACCCUCUUCCACGGUCAAGCUUGCUCUGGAGGACAUCAUGGAUCAGGAGCGUCUCGCGAAAGUCUUCGACAUCAGCGUUUCGGACCUGUUCAGGUGUGACGGUGUGGAGCUUGACGAGUCUGCCAAGCAGAAGGUCGAUGGCCUCAAGUCCGCCCACGCGCUGCACAUCAAGAGGCUCGCGGCCAAGCGGUGGCGCCAGGCACGGCGCCUGCUCCUGGCACCCCGCAGGCAGCCACGGUCGGCCAGUUCGCGGGCAAGGGCGUUCCACUUCUUCCUGGAGCUGUACCAGGCGGAGGAGGUGCCGCCUCUUCAGGCGCAGCGGGUGCUGCGGCAGCUGCUCC